AUUGGAUAACAAUGUCUUACAAGGCUACAACCAAAUUCCUUUGCACAUUACUAGACAAGUUAGUAGGUAGGACAACUGCAUUUCAUUCAGUUAUUUUAUAUCAAUCUCGUGUUCAAAAAACGUAGCAAAAGAAUCUCAGAACAUUUGACGGCUGUCAUCCACUCUCCCAAUCUACCAAAUGCAUAUAUUGUUCCCUUCGAUACGGAGUUUCUUGCUGCUCUUGGCCGGAAUAAUCGCUGGUCACCUUCUCAAAUCACCUUACUACGUGAUUGUUAAGCGUUGGAAUCACAAAUGUCGAUAUCAGAUGACUUCAAUUCCAAACCAAGCAAGACAUAAAUUAUUGUGCUACAUUAAUACCCAUCCGUCAAAUUAUGAAAAGAAGGCCAUUCACGUUCAGCAUACCUGGGCAAGGAGGUGCGAUAAAUUUCUUUUCACCAGCACAAUUCGUCAUCCAGCUCUCUCCAUAAUGCUUCUGAAUCUGACGCAGCCUGAAAUCCGUCAACACCUGUGGGUAAAGAUGAAAGUCAUACUACGGGAACUUUAUCGACAGACAAACGAAUAUGAUUACUUCUUCAAAGCUGAUGACGAUACGUAUGCUGUAGUGGAGAACCUGCGUGUUGCACUCGAAUCGUACAACCCGUCAGAUCCAUUUAUGCUGGGGUAUCGGUGGAAUGUUUUAUGUCCAGGCGGAUAUUUUUCCGGGGGUGCUGGUUAUCUGCUUUCUCGUCAAGCUUUGAAACAAAUUGUUGAGCUUGGCAUUGAUAAACAUCCCGAAUGCCCGACCGUGGACGAAGACAAAGAAGACGUGAAAAUGUGUCUGUGCGGAUUGGCAGCAGGAGUUAAGCUCUAUGAUGAAAUUGGAGAAACUGGAUUGUCGCUUUUUCAUCCUUAUAAUCUGAACUGGCAUCCUGGUGAUUGGUACCGUGAUACAGUGCCCGAUACAGCAUCCAGCGAUGUUUACUUACGUCGAAAUGCGCCCUAAGGUUUGUCAGGGAAAUAUGAACAAUAUGUGAAGAAUCCCGAAGAAGGAGCUGACAAAAGAAAAUACUCUACUUCGGCACCUGAGUAAUGUGUCACCUGUGCUAAGCUGGCCAUAGUGAACUGAGUUUGGGUGACAGAUGAUACAACCAAGAGUUGCUUGUUUGGACUGGAUUCCUAUGUUUUUACAUGUGGGGUCCCACUGUUUCAAAUCCUCCAAUGAUUUGUAUUCGCUACAUUAUGACUCAGGUACAUUAGAGAAUAUUAGCUGUGAUUAUUUUAUACAUUUAAUGACGGAAAAUUGCCUUUUCACAUUGUAUUCAGCUCCGAUUCAGCACGAAACACAUCAGUUUUCACUAUAUCGAUAGUACCUGGAUGUAUACCAUGGAGUUUGUACUUUAUCAUUUGCAUCCGUUCCGACGUAUUCAGGCUACCUUCGUAGCCUCCAGCGAAGGAUAAUGACGAGAGAAGACACUAAAAGGUUGUUCGAAUCCAGUCGAAUAACACACUUUCUUUUUUCCAGCCCCAUUUCUUGGUUUCCACUCCGUUUUACGGAGCUUUCUAUCUACCAAAUCGAUCAUUUGGAGUCAUCCGUCUUCAAUGUUUUUCAGGAUGGACGGUUUGACUCUAACGCACCACACCAAUCGUAAAUGUGGUCAGGUUAACUGUAAUAUAAC